UGAGACCCGGAGCACCAAGCCUUAAGGAACCGACCCAGUUUCCCCGGACAUCCAACACACCGGCUUUGGAGCAACACGGUCAGAUUGUUACCGCUACUACCCACAAACCCCUUCUCCAGGACAGAGACAUGAACCCCGUCCCGACCCAGGCUGUCCAGACUGAGGAAGAUGCUGCUAAAGCACAGGGUGUUGUUGUGGAUGCUGAGCUGGCGGCCGCCAUCAUGUCCAGGAGGAUCAUCCAGUCUCUGAUCACCGUGGAAGCGUGGGAAGGAUACACCUUCGCUGAACACCAGAUCAAGAUCAAGGAGUCACAUGACCUCUACGGCGCUGUGAUGUGGCCCUCGGCCAUAGUGCUGUGUUACUUCCUGGAUACGCACCGUGACACGUACAACCUGCUGGACAAGAACGUCAUCGAGCUGGGCGCCGGGACCGGUCUGGUCUCCGUAGUUACCAGCCUUCUAGGUGCCAAGGUGACGUCCACGGACCUGCCGGAGGUGCUGAGUAACCUGCAGUAUAACGUACUGCGUAACACCAGGGGUAACUGUAGACACGCUCCUCAUGUCACCGAGCUGUCCUGGGGGAAGGAGCUGGAACAACGCUUCCCUCAGGCUACCUGUCGCUACGACUACGUGUUCGCUGCUGACGUGGUGUACUGCCACCCUUACCUGGGGGAACUCUUGGACACCUUCGAUCACCUGUGUCAGGACGGGACAGAGAUCCUCUGGGCCAUGAGGUUCCGUCUGGACAGAGAGAACCAGUUCGUAGAACGGUUCCAGACCAGGUUCCAUCUGGAUGAAUUGUAUGAUCUGCCCAGUCUCAGUAUCAAACUGUACCGAGCAUCAAGGAAGGAGAUGGGGAGGAGGACACGUUCUGGAGAGGCAGCUUAAUACUACCAUGCUCUACGGAAGCAGUCUGAGACACUGCAGGGAGAGAUGGAUUGAUCUGCCCAGUCUCAGUAUCAAACUGUACCGAGCAUCAAGGAAGGAGAUGGGGAGGAGGACACAGUCUGGAGAGGAAGCUUAAUACUACCAUGCUCUACGGAAGCAGUCUGAGACACUGCAAGGGGAGAGAUGGAGAGGAAUGUGAGCUCUUUGAUUGAAUCCCGGCCACAGACUCAGAGAAUCAACAACAUUUUGGGGAAAUUGUAGUGUCAUGGCCCAAAAAAUAAUUUAAUUAAUAAUAUAAUAUAUAUAUAAAAAUAAUAAUAAUAAUAAUAAUUUCUUGCAGCCCUUUAUCUUUUGUUGUAGCUGUCCUCUUUACAGAGG